UCAUGCAACAUGAGAUAAAGCGUUGUGUGAAAGAGAAAAAUGCAAGACACCCACAAUCCUAUUAAAGUCAUCCUACAACUUUAUUCGUGAAACCAGUGAGCCACGUAUGGUUCUUGCAAUUUGCUCAGACACUGUAGAAGAAUUCAGCAUUUUCGAAUUUAAUUAAGGGUGUAAUUACUAGCACUUCUCCCCAUAUGUAAAUGUCUGAAAUCCAAUGUGGUCUGGAGCAUAAAGUGCUCUAACUUUUGAAGCUGUGGCCUCUAAAAUCAACUCAGGAAAACUGGAGAGAUGAUUCCCUUUUGGAAAUUACAGCUCGCUCGCUCUUUCUCUCUCUCUCUCUCCCUCUCCCUCUCUCUCUCUCUACACACACAGUGUGAGAGAGAGAGAGAAACUAUACUUUAGAAACAAGAAUUCACGGGACACCCCUGAAAACUCUGCUUUGAGUUCAUCUUCUUCUGCCAAACAAACUACUUUACGUCUAUUCUGGUUAUAUGCCAGCCCAACACACAAAAUCCCUCUUCCUUUCUGCAGAAUCUGCAUUUUUACUUUUGUUUUUCAACCCCUUCAUUCCAUGAAAUCUUUGAUUUCACGAUCGCCGUGAAAAUUCUUAGCUGCUUCUGAUGUUCUCAUGAAAUCUUUGUUUUUCUGUCCAAAGUCUGUUGUGGGGUUGUCAUAGGGUUUCUCUUCUGAACAUCCAGAAGUUCUUGAACACGGAGCUGCCAUCGACUGAUAAAUGAAACCCCAUAAUAAUUUCCCUGUGUUUUUUGCUCGAACUCAUGUUUUUGAAUCAGUUCAUGCACUUCCUGAAAUCAAUGCACACCUUCAGAAGGAGAAUGCCUCGUGAUAGUGUGUUUUGACAGUUCCCAAUCCAGAAAGCUGAAGAAAGACUCAAACUUCUUAAAUGGCUACAUCAUGUUUCAACCCGUUCCGCCUGCGGAAGACAAAGAGCAAAUCUUUGUCAAUUCCUUCAUCUUCAAGAAGCCAGUUAAACAUCGACACAGACAACAUGGAGAGGAAGAGAUUCGACAGUUUAGAAUCAUGGUCCAUGAUUUUGGAAUCCGAGAAUGUUGAAACUUGGGAAGCAUCUAACGAGGAACGAGAGGAGUGGACAGCCGAUCUUUCCCAGUUGUUCAUAGGCAACAAGUUUGCUUCUGGAGCACAUAGUAGAAUCUACAGAGGAAUCUACAAGCAGAGAGCAGUUGCAGUGAAAAUGGUCAGGAUUCCAACUCAUAAGGAAGAAACCAGAUCUUUGCUUGAGCAGCAAUUUAAGAGAGAGGUUGCCCUGCUUUCGCGUCUAUAUCAUCCCAAUAUAGUUCAGUUUAUUGCUGCUUGUAAGAAGCCUCCAGUAUACUGUAUUAUUACAGAGUACAUGUCACAAGGGACUCUAAGGAUGUAUCUCAACAAGAAAGAGCCGUAUUCCCUUUCGACUGAGACAAUUUUAAGGUUAGCUCUCGAUAUAUCACGUGGAAUGGAGUAUCUUCAUUCACAAGGGGUGAUUCACAGAGACCUGAAAUCAAACAAUCUGCUUUUAAAUGAUGAGAUGCGAGUUAAGGUUGCAGAUUUUGGCACAUCUUGUUUGGAGACGCAGUGCCGGGAAACAAAAGGAAACAAGGGGACUUACCGUUGGAUGGCACCAGAGAUGAUCAAGGAGAAACCUUGCACUCGGAAAGUUGAUGUGUAUAGUUUUGGGAUUGUGCUAUGGGAACUUACCACAGCUUUGCUUCCUUUUCAAGGAAUGACUCCGGUGCAAGCUGCUUUUGCUGUGGCCGAAAAGAACGAGCGACCGCCAUUACCAGCAAGCUGUCAACCUGCACUUGCUCACCUCAUAAAGCGCUGCUGGGCAACAAACCCUUCCAAGCGUCCAGAUUUCAGUGAAAUCGUAUGUGCACUAGAAAAAUAUGAUGAGUGCGUAAAGGAGGGACUCCCUCUAACUCUCCACUCACCGCUUGUCAGUCGAAACGCCAUUAUUGAACGCUUAAAAGGUUGUGUAUCCAUGAGUUCAUCCAUACCUGUACAUGCCUGACUCCACCUAGACAUAUGGUACUAUUACUGUAUUCUGCUCUUGUUCAACUUAAGCAAAGUUGAUAGAUUUAUCAUUUCAAAUAUGUAUAUAACAAGUGUUUUAGCAGUUUCCGACCAAGCCAGCUCACUGGCAUCUCUUGACAAUUAGAGCUUGUGGCAUGAGCAAUUCAUCGGAACAUUACUAAUUACUGAUGCUGUAAGCAAGAGAACCAAGUAGUUAACAGUGUAUGUUGCCAAUGCUUGUUAUUUUUAGUGCACAAAUUCUUGUUAA